AUGCGUGCCUUGCUUGGAACCAACAUCCCGGCACUGCGGACACUGCUCGGCCUCUGCACGGAAGAGCUCCUCCUGAUCGGAGGAGUCGACUUGGAGGCGGUUUGCCGCUCCGUGGAAGCUUUUCCACGAGACUGGUCCGAGUUCUCCUCCGAAGAUGGCCCAGCAGCGGUUGCGCUGCCCCCCAAGAAUGGCUUGCCUUUCGAGGAGGAGGCGCUCGCCGCAGCUUUUCAGGAGAUCAGGAGCGAUCCUUCCGCAAGCUAUGUCGGCCUGGAGGAUGUGCCGCUUGCCAAACCUUUCGAUCCGCACAUCGUGCUCUUCCGUGACAGGGCGUGGGCCAAGCUCGCCACAUGGAUACAGGAGAUGAUUCGGCUUGCAGGGUCCCUGCUCGCGGCACAGGGAGGUACAAGCCAGGCCCCACAAGCCCGGCGUGCAGCCACGGCCCUGGCCGCUGCGCGCUGCGUCAUAGGCUUGGCGCAGGUUCCACUCCGGCUGGUGCCUCCACGAAGGACUACCGACAUCUUCGAGCGUUGUGACUGA